CUUGGCAGGCGGCGGAAAGGGAGUGUUGCUGCUCGGCUCGGAGCGGGGGGGAGCGGCGUCCCCGGCGGCCGCCCCGGCGGCAUGGGGGGCAGCGGGAGCCGGCCGGGCGGCAGGAGCGUCUCCUUCGGCCGGGACGAGCGCGACCGCGUCCGGGUGCUGCAGGGCGUCAGGCUCUCUGAAGAUGUAGUAAACAGAAUGAAAGAAACUCCACAAAGGGACAACCAGAGGUCAUCCAGCGGCACAGCUCCGUUUUCACCAGCUGCAGAAGGGAAGCCCAAGUCCCCUACAGGAAUCCAGCCACCAAUGACAGGUGACUCUGGUCAGAAGGCUUCAGUUGCGGAGCAGGAAUUGUACAGGAGGUAUGAGCAGGAACAGGCCCUGGUCCAAGAGGAGCUGCUCCGGCUGGCCAAAAGAGAGAGGGAAGCGGCCGGUGAGGCGCUGAACACUGCCCUUCAGCGGGAGAGGAGCAGCACUAAUGAAGAAAGGCAGAGAGCAGCCCAGUUGCCUGCGGAUUUGGACGCCUGGGCCAUGGAGCUGCAAGACAGGGAGGCAGAGCUGAAGAGGCAAGAAGCCUUCUACAAGGAGCAGUUGGCCCGCAUUGAGAGGAAGAAUGCCGAAAUCUACAAGCUGACAUCUGAGCAAUACCAGGAGGCAGCCACCAAGGCAGAGGAGUGGAUAAAGAGGAGGAACACCAAUCCUGUCUGCGCAAGUCUGCAGUCUGAAAUCCUGAAGUGCUACCAAGAAAACAAAUGUGAGGUGCUCAAAUGCUCAGAACUGGCUAAGGAGUAUCAGCGCUGCGUUAGUGCCGCUCAGAAGGAGCUGUUAGUUAACUCUGGAUAAAUGUCAGCCGCCAACGAGCAGAGGACAGGGACCACAGACGCCUUUGGAAGGCCCAGCACCCUUCUGGAUAGACGCUGACCAAAACCGGUGCCUUCUGCCCUUCGCGGUCCAAGACAACGAUGUGAUUCCUCUUCUAAUUGCCUGCAUGUAUUGGUCUCGGUGAAUGCUUCUGGAGUUGGGAGGAGGGUCCUGGGAGAGGGGAACACUACUGCUUCCUUUCUUUAUUGUAAUACAAUGCAAAAAGUUGUCUCGACCCCAGCACAGCUUGUAGCUUGGAGGCUUGCCCCGCACAGGCCUAGUUGACCCUGUGCUAGCUUUUGUUUCACCAACCCAUGUCUGAGUUUCAAGAGCUGUUAUCUUUGUCCAUUUGCUCCAGAAAAAAAGGGUCUGAAGUACUUGGAAAUAACCCUGACUAGCCUGUUGGGAUUAACUGUUCCUAGCAUGCUCCCAUUGGUUACACCAGCAGGCUCGUUUUCUUCCCUUCCAAGGUUCCCUCCUAAACAAUAAAGUGUUUAAUGGUCA